AAAUAACAUCAAAAAUGUCUGAAGAAGAUGAAGUAAUAUGUGAACAAUGCUAAACCGUCCCAACACAAUUUGUUAUAUUAGAUUGCGAGCAUAAAUUUUGUUUAUUUUGCAUUUCACAUGCUUUUCACAAAGAUGACAGUGGAGUGCCUUGUCUAAAAUGCAAUGCUCCAACUGUUUUAGAUCACGAGUCACUUUAAGCUGUCCAACAAACAAAAGAAUCACAAUCAUAACUAUCAAAGACAUAGCCCAAUUACAAUGUUAAACCUUUUACCACAGAGAAGAGAUAAUAUGUUUAACCAAUUUAGGAGGAUCCUACUAUAAAAGGUCAUCCUUGCUUAGAGAAAUUAAAUUUAGCAGUUGAAAGGAGUUUGGAUAAGAUAAGGAACAUUCAAUUCGAUAAAUAGUAAGUAAAGGAUAAGUGUUAAACAUAAAAAAAUGACAUAGACACAGAAUUUAAAGCUUUACACAUGUACUUAGAUUCAAAAUAAGAGGAAUUUCAAAAUCAAUUGUCUAAUAUUGAGACUACAUAUUUGAAUGAACUUACUAAGGAUGAAGAAGUUUAGGUAAUAUUUUAAAGUAGUUUAAGCAAUUAGAUAUUGAGGAAAUGAGCAUAAUAAAGAAUGAAAUCAAGGCAAUUUUGAAAAGCUAGGAUGGUUAAGAUAUAUACACAUUCAAAUAAUUAGUGGCGACAGUGGAUGGAAUAGUAUAGGAUAAAUAGUUAUCAAUAAAACAACUAGUAAUUAUAAUAAAUUACUAUUUAAGAACUUGUUCAAACAAAUGUAGGAUGAAAUGUAGUAACUGUCAAAAAAAUAGGCUCAGUUUUAUUAGGAUUUCAGAAGAUUUUUUAAUAUUUUAUAGCCUCUUUAAGUAUCUUUAGUAUAAAAUUAUGCCAGUCCAAUAAAAUUAGAAUAUGGGGGUUCAAUUACAAGGUAUUUUGAAUUAUAAAAAUAGUGACAUUUAAGAGAAGAUUAGGGAAUUGAAGCACAGGAAUUCCAGAUCGAUGAACACUUCUUAACUGAACAACUCUAGAUCUUAGAAUUCUCCACCUAAGAAUACUUUUCUGAAUGAAGAGAUCAACAUAUCUAGGAAAGUAAGUCGAGAGUAGGCUAACAUUGUGCAACAAAGGAAAUUGGGGACUUCACCUAUGGAUGCAAAAACUGUAUUACAAAGUUCAAUGAAGCAUAAUAAUAAAUCAAAUUCAAAAUUCAACAAAAUUUUAAAUAGUCCCCUUACACUUGCUGGAUUUUCAUAUUUGACUUGA